CCAUGGCCGUUUCACCUGAAGCAUAAAUUGAAAUUUUGAAAGCCUCUCCUUAUUUUGUUUGUUGGUUCUGUUAAUGCCAGUUUCUCUUGCGAAGCUUUCUCUGUUGUUAACCUCAGGAAUUUUAAUGGCUAUCUCCUCAUUCGGCUCAACUAUCUCGUCAUCUUUUUCUUCUUCUUUAAAUUUUCUCCAAUUUUAUUUCCUUCCUCUUUCAUUUUCUGAUGAAUCCUUUACUUUUCAGAUUCGUAGUAGACCCUGGUUCGUAUUUUGACAAACAAAUUACGUAACAGCCACAGAAGUCUCUAGCCAUGGGAAGGCGUAAUGGUCAGCGUAAAAAUAUUGUCAUGUUAGAUUCUGAUGACGAUGAAAAUAGUAGUGUGAAUUCCUCAGCGACUAUUAUAUCGGAUAGCAUGUCCAUGUUGGAAACCCAGGAAGUUCAGCUCGACAAAAAGUGUGUUUUGGAACAAGCUUUAGAUGAUUUAUACGAGAAGAGGGGUUCGACAAGAGAGAAAGCUUUGGCAAAUAUUAUUGAUGCAUUCAAUAGAAAUAUGGAGCAUGAAUUUGUGGAGAAGAGAUUUGCAACUUUACUGCAUCAAUGUCUUAAUUGCAUAAAAAAAGGGUCAAGCGAAGAAAUAGCUCUGGCAUCUCAUGCCGUUGGAUUGUUGGCUUUGACAGUUGGCUCUGGUGAUAAAGCAUGUGAAAUAUUACAAAAGUCAGUCACCCCGAUUCUCCAAGCUCUUAAUUCCGGGUCUGAAUCCAAGAAGACAGUAUCGCUACUGGAGUGUUUGGCUGUUGUCACUUUUGUUGGAGGAAAUGAGCCAGCAGAUACUGAGCGCUCAUUGCAAAUCAUGUGGAAACUGGUCCAUCCUAAACUGGGCUCCAAAGUAGUUGCUGUCGAACCUUCUGCUCCUGUAAUAGCAGCAGUUUUGUCUGCGUGGGCCUUUCUUCUAACAACCGUGGAUGGAUGGACACUUGAUCCUAAAAAUUGGCAAGAGUCCAUUUCUUAUCUUUCUGGUCUACUGGAUAAGUACGAACGAUUGACACGAAUUGCAGCUGGUGAAGCACUGGCUGUAAUUUUUGAGAUGGGAUGUUUAGAAAAGAUUGCUGCUAAAGCUAAAGGUUAUACUGAUAGCACGGUUCAAGAAGGGGAAGAACUGAAAGCUAAAAUCCUGAAUCAAAUAAGAAACCUUUCUGCAGAGGCAGGUGGAAAAGGAUCCACGAAGAAAGAUCUUAAUAGCCAGCAUAAGUUAUUUAAGAAUAUCUUGGAGUUUCUUGAGAGUGGUAAUUGCCCUGAAACCUCAAUGAAGAUUGGAGGAGAUUCACUACAGACAACUACAUGGUCUCAACUAAUACAGUUGAACUUUUUAAAGCACUUUCUUGGCAGUGGGUUCUUAAAGCACAUGCAGGAUAAUGACCUCCUCCACAGUAUAUUUGACUUCAUGCCAAAGAAGAAAUCUGUUAAAGUUGUUGAGCGCAAGAUGUCUAGUACUGAAAAGAGGAUGUACAAGUCCCCAAAUUCAGCGCUCAACAAAGCCAGGACCCGGUUUCUGAACAAGGAGAGGAUGUCGUCUAAUGCUCGCAAAGCUGGGUAUUUUGCUGCUAAUAUUCGUGACGAUUAGGCAUGAGGUGCCCAAUUCUAUCUGUUCAUAGCCCAAGGCUACUUAAUAAACAUAUGCAGUAACAAUCUAGAGGAUUUUGAUUUAUGUUAAUUUCAAUUUUGUUUUGUGUGGACCUUUCUAGGAAUUAUGCAGAAAGCUUAAGCUCAUUAUUUGAUUAAUUAGAUGAUUUUUUUUAAAUUUAAUUAAAA